UGCGUUACGAGAAUGCCGGCUCCAGCUCCAGCUCCUAGGGCGGCGAGCGAUGUCCACGGCGCUGGGAUGGGAUAGCGGCCAUUUCGAUGGGCCGCCGCUGGUGGAUUACCUCACGAGGAAGAAUCCCUGCGGCGUGACGCCGGAGACAGUCGCGCACGCGGAGCUCGCCAGGAGGAUUUCGAGGCUCAAGUGGUGCCAGGAUCACAUGGUGGUGCCGAUCGUCGAGGAAUGGAUGGCGGAGGGCAACGAGAUCACCAGGUAUGGACUGAUUAUCGUCCGCCACAAGCUGCGCAGGCGCAAGCGAUUCCAUCACGCUCUCCGGAUAUCGGAUUGGAUAGCUUACAAGAAGAGAGUGAUCCCAUACGACCACAAGGAAGCUCUCAACCACAUCGACUUGGUUUCCAGAGUGAGUGUGACACGAGCAAGGGAAAUGUUUGACAAUCUCCCGGCCGACUGGAAAUCCCGAGAGGCCUACACGGUUCUUCUUUCCAUGUACGUGAGGCACAGCAUGGCUGCCGACGCGGAAUCGAUCUACACGACGCUCAAGAGGUGGGGAUUGCGUUCUAUCUCACCGAUCAACAUGAUGCUCACUCUUUACCAGAAGCACCAAGUUUUCUGGAAGGUGGCCGAGCUCAUCCGAGACGCCGAGGAGGCUGGCCAGUCUCUCAAUAUGUGCUCCUUCAACAUUUUGCUGCCGAUGACUUUCAGAGCCGGGGGUGUGGCCGAGAUGGAGAGCCUCGUCGAGAUGAUGGAGUCCAAGAACUUCCUGGACGAGCACACGUACUGCAUGCUUGCUAGUUCCUACGGGAGGGCCGGGAUGGUGGACAAGGCCAAGGAGAUGCUGAUGGUGGUGGAGGACGGCAUGGAAACCGGGAAGUUUAACAGGCUCCGAAGGACUUACAAUGUGAUCAUCGUGAUCUACGGGUUUAUCGGCGACGUGGAAGGGGUGAAGAGGAUCUGGGACAUUACGAGCAGGAUGGAUCCCACUGCCGAGGACUACAUCUGCAUGAUCAGGAGCUCCGCAAAGGUUGGGCUGUUUGAACUGGCAGAGUCGGGAUUUCUCGCUCUCGCGGCCCAGAGAAAGAUGCACAUAACUGUGUGCAACGUGAUGCUGCAAGUUUGUCAGGCUGGAAACUUUGUGCUGCGGGCCGAGUCGUUACUGAGAAAGAUCCAUCAGAUGGGAUUUAAGCCGGAUCCAGCGACGUAUCACCACCUGAUUGCGAUUCAUCUCAAGAACGACAACAUCCAAAGGGCCCUGGAUUUGUUUCAGCUGGAAAGGCAGGUGUUCCGGGUCCCGUUCGAGCUCUCCCCGCAGGAACGGAAGUUCAUGUCGACCGAGCCGAGAAAGGACAUAAAGCCGUGGGUUGGGACGUGCCGGAUGGUGAUGCUGGCGUUGGCAGAGCGAGGCGAAGUUGUGGCUUGCGAAACUCUCUUCCGGAACUGGAGGCUGGAGAAGUGGAAGACGGACGUGAGGCUGUUCAACGCGCUGCUCAGGGCGUACGAGGUGGCGCGGGAGCCUGUGGCUGGAUUCAUGGAGAGAUUGGAAGCUGACGGGGUGGAAGCCGACGAGGAGACAAUAGCGAUACUCUCUCGACUUCCGGAAAGGCCUUUGAUCAAGCAGCUUCACUGAAAGUCAGUUUUUCCCAGGAGAGCUUGAUCCGAUGCGACACACCACCCAAAAGCUCUCGGGUUUCUUCUUCGUUGUCCGGCCGAAUCACGGGAAAGUCCCGCUUGCUCAGAGGAAGCUCGUGGAAAGCUCUAGAAGGGACAACAAAAUGGAUAUGGUGGAGCCUGGAAACGCUCGAGCGAGAUUGCGUGAACGAGGAUUUUGCGUGGAUCAAUGGCUUUCUUCAAGAAUCACGAUUGUCUUGCGACUGAAUGGAGUUCCCCAAACGCGUAGAUAAGUUACAGAUAAGAAUGAAACCACAAACGCGGAGACCGAGUACUACAAAGCUUCGCGAUAAGAACGAGACCACACAAUCACUUCUUUUUCUUAGAAGGGCGGGAUUCGAGUCCCAAGACCACACAAGGUACUUUGAUACAAAACUUUACACUAUUUUUCAUCAUCAUCUUCAUCGCCAUCGAUGGCUUUGGAUGAGAGCCACCGCGCAGGACCAGGCCGCGUUACGCACCAGGGAUCUUACAGAUCUUCCAAGUGUAGAUCGUAACGAUCGAUCACUUGUCCAGAGCACUAAUGACCAUCCUGCCAAAAAAGUCGAUUCCCUCCGUGA